ACUGUUUGGCGCCAUCAUGUGAAGGCUAUGAGGCGCGCGCGUGAGGGAGGGACCACGUCCUCGCUGUAGAGUAGCGUAGACCGCGUGCACCAUGGGCACCACGGGCUUUCUCUGUCGCGCGCGCUCACUUUAUCUUGCUGCCAUUUAUUCUUCUUCUUUUUUUUUUUUUUUUUUUUGAGAAGCACAGCGGCACGCGCUGAGUGACAGGAAGACCAAAGACUCUCACACACUUCCGGCCCAACUAUCAGUCACAACAUGACAAAAAAAUGGCUAUGGCUGAUGGGGGCCAAAGAAAAUAAAGCAGAAAGCAGCAUUCAGUGAAAGAAGAGAAGGAGACCAUGUGGUGAAGUUCAGCUGUUACUGACUGAUAAAGGAGCACAUCCUUUUUUAUGCCUCACUUUAGAACAUCUCUCUUGUACAGUUGAGAGCACUUUCAUUAUUUAAUACCAUUGGUGCUGGUAAUUUCAAAAUUACUAGAAUCUACCAUUGGUCUCCUUUUAAAUAUCCUUAUAGCAAAGGUUUUACAGCCAGUCAUAAAGUGUGGUGGAGACCUGAACCUUUAAGAUCACCAUGGUUGAGUGGCAUGGGCACAGGAUAUGUGUUUGUGCCAUAACCAGAAGCUGAAGAUUUAUGAGAAAGAACAAUAGGAAUGUAUCACAGAACCUAAUGAAGAUUUUCAAUGUAAUGUUUCAUACCAAAACAUGACUUGAUGAUUUAGGACCUUGAACAGCACAACUAUUCCUUGAUUAUGAUAGCAGGUUACAUAAUACGUGAGGAGAUGUGUAACAUCUCAGCUUCUUGUAAUGUUGAUUCAAACAUCGAUCAUUUUUUUCAGCCAGUGCUAUACAUUAUUGUUAUCAUCCUAGGAUUCCCGGCAAACUGUAUGGCUCUGUGGGCUGCCUAUUUGCAAGUAAAGCAAAAGAAUGAGCUGGGUAUUUAUUUAAUCAACCUUUCUGUGGCUGACCUUCUUUACAUAGCGACAUUGCCACUUUGGAUUGAUUAUUUCCUCCAACAUGAUAAUUGGAUACAUGGGCAAGGGGCUUGCAAGCUGUUUGGUUUCAUAUUCUAUACCAACAUAUACGUAAGCAUUGCUUUUCUCUGCUGCAUUUCUGUGGAUCGUUAUUUGGCGGUGGCCUAUCCGUUACGGUUUGCCAAAGUGCGUCGAGUCAAGACAGCUGUUUUAGUCAGUGCCAUAGUCUGGAUUAUGGAAAUCGUGGCCAACUCAGCACCACUUUUUCACGAUGAGCUCUUUUCGGACCGCUUCAAUCACACCUUCUGUUUUGAGAAGUAUCCGAUGCAAGACUGGGUGGCAGGCAUGAACCUUUACCGCAUCUUUUUGGGCUUCUUGGCUCCCUGGUGCUGCAUGUUAGCAGCAUACAAAGGAAUCCUGAAGGCAGUACGCGGCAAUGUUUCAACCGAGCAGCAAGAGAAAGCUAAGAUCAAGAGGCUAGCACUUAGCCUUAUCCUCAUAGUGCUUCUGUGCUUUGGACCUUAUCAUAUGCUCCUGCUGUGGCGCAGUGUUCUUUUCUCAUCAACCCGUGACUGUCGAGUAGAAGAGUAUUUAUUUACUGCCUACCACAUAGCCCUUGCUCUCACCAGCCUCAAUUGUGUGGCAGACCCUAUCCUAUAUUGUUUUGUAAAUGAAGGCGCUCGCAGCGACGUAAGCCAAGCCCUGGCCACCCUUAUGACAUUUUGUCACCGAGGACAGACAACAGCAUUGUUAAUGGGGGGAUCCAUUACUGUUGAAACACCUCUGGCCAGCAAGAAAUCUAAUUCCUAUAAAAGUGAAAUUGAAUCUCUGAAAGAGGAGUGUCUUCAAAUGACUAAACUUAGUGUUAAAAAGUAAAGCGGUAUAGUAUUUGUGUAGUGUCUAUGUAUAUCAAGAGAUUUUCAGGGACCCUGAGCCUUGUGUUUUCUCACAGAUUAUGGCAACAAUGUUGGCGUUUAAAUAAAUUAUUCAUGUAAAAUCCAGCUCCUUGAAUGUUAUACCAGACGCCUUGUUUAUUACUGUAAAGUACUGGGUGUUGUCAUUUAAAAAUUUAACAUUCAAAUUUUUUUUUUUCUUCCAAAAAUGAUUUUACAUUUUACUCAUCCCUGCUAACUUAUCUGAUAUAAAUACUUUUCUUUAUUUAUAGCUUAUGCCACCAUGUAGCUCAAAGCAAGAACAUCAUGGCAGAGUUGCAGCGGUACCAAGUAUAAAAAUGUUUUUGUAGGAAAUGAUUACUUGUUCCAAGGUUAAACAGACAGGAUAUUUAAACAGUUAGUAUGGCAAACACCAAAAUAGUAGUGGCAGGUUAAAAACCCUCUUGUAAAAAAAUAUUUGAUUUAUUAUUAUAUACAACUUAAAUUCCCAAAGGAUGAGUACAGUCAGCAAUUUAUUCAAGUGUUUCACUGAUAUACAGUAUAUUGUAGUAUAUUCUUAAUAUGAAAAAAAUAUAAAAUACCUGAAAAUAUGAAUUCUACCAUGUCACACGCAAUAUUCAAUAUACUAAGUUUAUUCAGUAUGAGUACUGUAGUGUUACAUAUACACUACCGAAUAAUGUUGUCAAAACGUAACAAUUAUUUUAAGUUGAAAUUAAAGGCAAUUGAGUUUGCUUUUUUAAUUAUUAUUGAAUUUUAAUUAAAAACUAUUCAUUUAAGAAUUGUUAGUCUUUUUUUUUUUUCUUUGUCAGCAUGAAAAGCAUCUGUUGUUACAAAGUUUAUGAUUACAGUUUUAAUAAACCUUAAAUACAAAUUUACAUUUCAAAUACUAAUUAUAUAUUUUAUUAUUAUUACUAUUUUUAUUAAUAUAUUUGAAUAUGGCCAUAUCAUAGAAAGUUAUAUUUAAUCACAUAUCUCAAAAUUAUUUAAGAAAUUUGCAAUCUAUCAAAAUAUUUGCUAUUGGGGUCGUUUUCCUUUUCUCAGUAACACAGCUUUUCAGAGAGAAUAAAAUGUAUGACAUAAAUAUGAGUCACAAACUGUGCAUCAAAUAAGUCUUAUUCAUUAUCGAAUUGAAAAAUGUAUUUAUUGUAGAUGAAGAUGGUGAAAAUAAUAUUUUAGGUUUUAAAUGAACUGUAGCAAAGCACUGUGGAACUGAUGUGAAAAUUUGCGAUCACGGUUUAAAGGGUUUAUUUUAUUAUUUUUUAGGUGUUUGGGUUUUGCAGUAACUGUUAUGAAAAUGUGAAUAUUCCAAAAUCUAAAGCACCUGAGGAUAUCAAGAAGUGUUAUAUUACCAAGGCCGGUGUAUGCUUGAGAAUUGAUGUUGAUCUACUUAUUAUAUUGAUGUUCAAAUUCAUGUGUCAGAUUUCUAUUGUUUGUUUAUUUUCAGUGGCUGAAAUAGAGUGAUGAAAAUGCAAACAAAUAACAUAUUUUGCACAUGUUUACAUUCCUGUUCAGAUGCUUUCUUGAAAAUUUCCACUGUAAAUCAUGAAUGUCUUUUAUCAGGUUUGCAGAUGAACUGGUGUGUGGGUGGGGGAUGUUGCCUGUUAUGCCAAAAUGAAAUAAAUUAUGUACUUUUAAA